AUGGAUCAACCAUUUGACAGAAGAUGGACGAACAAAGACAAUCAAAUUUUCGACAACACUUUGAUCCGCAAAGUAUGCGAUUGCUCCUUCAACACUUCUUUUGGCUUUUUAUACAACGAGAAGAAGUUCAAAUGGGCCAAGGUUUCGAAGCUUGCUCAGAUGGGACUUUCGAUGAAAUCCGAGAGUGAAACGGCAAUCUAUCUCCGCUGCAAGCACGGUGGAAGUAAAAAGGGCCCCGUUCCGAUGCGAGUUUGCAAGGACGCGCGAAAAAUCACAAGGGUAAAUAAAAAGGAGACAUUGCAGAUAUCCAGCCCAAAUCCAAGCGACGCAGAAUUCUGCACGAAAGAAGAGAAACUGCUUGAUCUGGCGAAAAUCAUGAAGCCGCUCAAGAGUCCCAAAAUGGGUGUUUUGAAAAAAGCGACAAACGAGCACGCUAAAAUCAAGAAACUGUUGAUCGGCCCGAAGAAGAAAAAAUACUCCGUGAACGAUUGCAUGGGCGAAAUGAAGCAUACUGACUCCAACGAGACCCACCCAGUGUAUUUGCUCGAUAAUACGGACCCGAUGAGCUGGAAUGACAAGAUUUUGAAGAAGAAAUCUUUGCUCGCCAAAUGCAAAGUGCCGAAAAAGAGCCUCAGACCUGAAUGGUGCUACGACAAGAAUUAUCCGAUCGAUGGUCAUUUGGCCAAAUGCUCCCUAACUGUUGAUGAUAAGAUCCAUCUUAUCACAAAAGGAAAGGAUCGACAUUCGAACCCCUCGGCUAGGACAAAGGAUUUUGGGUUAAAGAGGGUGGACUGUCGAUCCUAUUCAGGCGCGGUGAAGAAGACGCUUCGAUUUUUGAACAGAAUGCACAAUCAUUUCGCAAAAAAUCCCUUUUACUGCUUCUAA